AUGGAGUGCAGGAACUACGGUAGUUCUCCUGGAUCUCGCAGUCUGGAAAUUACGGGACACCGUGCGCCGCGUCUCAGGCCCCCUGUAAAGCGGUGGCCUGUGGACAGGUCUAUGUACGCACUAAUGCUGAAAUUAGAAUCCAGCGCCGAAGCUUCACCAGCGAAACUGAGAGAUCAUGGAUGCUACAUCGCAGACUACAUCAUAGCCUCGCAAGAAAGCCAGCCACAGUACAGCCAAAGCGUGAAACUCAUUGUGCGCCAUGUAAACUACCUGCCCUCUGUGGCAUCUGCUACGAAAUGGAUCAUGGUCGAUACCCACGUGGUAUUCGAACGGCUCCAGCAGAAUUAUACGAUUACCAACCCGCUCACUGAAGGACCAUCUACAGCCUUCCAGGCUCGCGAGUCGCCGCCCUCCAGAGUCCAGGAGAAUGGGAGACUGAUUGCUUCAUUAUCACCUCAGCCUAGAGAAGGCGACAAAUUCUUACUGGCCGACAAGAAUUCAAUAGUAGCUACAGAGGAUCCAUACCUACAACGUCAACAAGUUACAACGGCUCCGUCCCUGAACUACAACCCCAUAGCGGCAGAGGAAAGGAAUCCGGAGCCCAGAUGGAAGAUAAGGUAA